GCCUUCAGCUGUUAAGCAACUAAUCAGUAACUAACUUGAACAGCAAAGUAACACAACUCGAGAUGAAGUCUUUUGUUGUACUGUUGUCGCUAGUUGCGGCAACAAUGACUGCUGUGACCCCCUCAGAUGUCCACUAUCAUUCAGUGCCCAAUUUUGUGAAACAAUCUAAAGAGGACUUUUCCGCCCGGGGUAAUUUAUUGGCAGGUAUGGGUGCCAAUAAAUAUACUUUACCCCAUGAAGCAAAUGCUGAAUUUUGGUUAAAAUUGGCCCGUGAAGAAUUAACGCAAAGGGUUCAACAGAAACCCAUGAACUUGAAUAAAGCGAAGAAUAUUAUAUUUUUCUUGGGGGAUGGCAUGUCCUUGACAACAGUAGCAGCAGCACGCAUACGCAAGGGUCAAUUGAAAGGUAAUACUGGUGAAGAAGAUGCCUUGAGUUUUGAAAAGUUUCCCUAUUCUGGUCUUAGUAAGACCUAUUGCGCUAAUGCUCAAGUACCCGAUUCUGCCUGUACCGCCACCGCAUAUUUGUGUGGUAUUAAGAACAAUAUUGUCACUAUCGGUGUCAAUGCCAAGGUCAACUAUAACAACUGUAGCGAAAGUGAGGAUCCUAACAAUCAUGUCUCCUCAAUAGCUGCCUGGGCACAAAAAGCUGGCAAAUCUACUGGCAUUAUAACCACCACCACAUUAUCUCAUGCCAGUCCAGCUGGUGCUUAUGCCCAUACCGCUAAUCGUUUUUGGGAAUGUGAUGCUGAUAUACUAAAAUGGAGCGAUCACAACGAUCCAGCACAAUGUACCGAUAUAGCCCAGCAAUUGAUUAUCCAAGAGCCAGGACGCAAUUUUGAUUUGAUGAUGGGUGGUGGUAUGGGUAAAUUUCUUCCCAAACAUUUGAAGGACUUGCACGGCAAUAUGGGUCAGCGUUUGGAUGGUAGAAACCUAUUGGCCACCUGGCAGGGCAUGCAUCCCAAUGGAGUCGUGGUGCAUGAUCGCAAUAGUCUCUUAAGUUUAAAUGUUUCAAAAGUUUCUCAUAUUAUGGGUCUAUUUCAAUCGGGCUAUAUGGACUAUCAUGCCGUGUCCGAUAAGAAAAAACAACCCACUUUAGCUGAAAUGACUGAAGUGGCCAUUAAAUUCUUAAGUAAAAAUGAUAAAGGCUAUUUUGUGUUCAUAGAGGGUGGUCAAAUCGAUACAGCAAAUCAUGCCAAUUUGGCAGGCAUUAGUUUGGAUGAAACUUUAGAAAUGGAAAAAGCCGUACAAAAGGCACGUGAUAUGACUAAUCCUGAGGAAACAUUAAUUGUUGUCACGUCCGAUCAUGCUCAUCCCUUAAGUAUAGCCGGCUAUCCCGGUAGAGGUACCAAUAUAUUGGGUACCAAUCAACAUGACACCGAUAUAAAUGGCAAGAAAUAUACGACUUUAAAUUAUGCCGCUGGCACGAAACAGUAUUUAGAUGAUCAUGGUGAAAGGCUGGAUAUUGAGGGAGUUUUCGGUAAGGAUAUUUUCACUCAAUAUCCCAGUUAUAUUCAUACCGAUCAGGGUGUACAUGCUGGUGAUGAUGUGGGUAUUUUUGCCUCUGGUCCACAUGAGCAUUUAUUCCGCGGUGUUAUGGAACAACAUUCUAUACCGCAUUUGAUGGCUUAUGCUGCUUGUAUUGGCAAUGGACCCACUAUGUGUGAUAAUAAAGAAUAGGAAUAAUACUUGUA